UAUUGCAGUACAUGGCAGUACUGAAAAAACGUGUUUGCAUCAAAGCACCUCGUACUUAGCAACUGAAGAGGAUGAGAGACGGUGUGAUGACCUACCUGUAUUUGACAAGUGUGUUUUUCACCUCGUUGGAGAGAGGAGCACAGAGGAAAAAAAGUCAGCGAGAGGAAAGAGGGGAGGGGAAGAGCGAGCCAGCGAGGGAAGGUGUGAAGCCAACACUGUGAAGCAGAGAGAUAGAGAAGACCAACAGAAAGACACGAGAAACAGAGUCAACUCUCCCAGACAGAAAAAGGAGUAAAACCGAAAAACAGCGUAUCAAAGAACUCACCAAACGUCCAUUUAACGCCGGAGCAUCGUGUUUUGUCAGAGCCAUACAGGGAUAACUCUUAAUGGAACCACAAUUUGGAGCCUUCCUUUGACCUGUCAACAGUAACACAGACAGAUAACAACAUGGAUGUAAAUCCUCCAAACAACACUUUUGCCAACACCUCACACGUCCAGAUGUCUUCCCACAACGUGUGGGAGGUUAUAGCGAUCGCUACCGUGUCAGCCAUUGUCAGCUUGAUAACGGUUGUUGGUAACGUACUGGUGUUGCUGUCCUUCAAAGUCAACAGCCAGCUGAAGACUGUCAACAACUACUACCUGCUGAGUUUGGCUUUCGCUGACCUCAUCAUAGGAGUGUUGUCCAUGAACUUGUACACCACAUACAUCCUGAUGGGUUACUGGUCCUUGGGAAACCUUGCAUGUGAUCUCUGGCUGGCGGUGGAUUAUGUAGCCAGCAAUGCUUCAGUUAUGAACUUACUCGUCAUCAGCUUUGACAGAUACUUCUCCAUCACCAGGCCGCUGACUUACAGAGCUAAAAGGACUCCAAAGAGAGCCGCCAUCAUGAUCGGCCUCGCAUGGCUGGUGUCUUUUGUCCUCUGGGCGCCACCCAUCCUGUGCUGGCAGUACUUUGUAGGAGAGAGAAGCGUGCCUUCUGACCAGUGCCAGAUCCAGUUUUUAACAGAGCCUGUGAUCACUUUUGGUACGGCCAUUGCUGCUUUCUACAUCCCUGUCUCCGUGAUGACCAUCCUUUACUGCAGGAUCUACAAGGAGACGCAGAGACGCACCAAAGAUCUGGCAGAACUGCAAGGCUUAGCAAAGGAAAAUGUUCUAGAGGCGAUUAAACCUCAGAAAACCAUCAUUCAUUCUUGCUUUCAUUUCACCAGAGAGAGGCGAGAACGGAGUCAGGCCUCAUGGUCGUCCUCUAACCAAAGUAACGUCACUAAAAUGACAACUAGAUCAGACGAUGCAUGGGUGAAAUCUGAUCAGAUCACCUCCUUCAACAGCUACUCCUCAUCUGAUGAAGAAGAGCAGCAUGUUUCAAUAGAAACCCCACAGGGAUCAUUCAAAGAGCAAGAGAGUGUUCAGAGUAAUAAGAACGGGCAGGUGGGGGAUUACACAGAAGAACUGUACUUCUCCACUCCUAAAAAGAAGAGCAGUAAAAAAAAGUUGUCUUAUAAAUUCAAACCUGGCUCCAAGCCUAAAAACGGCAAACCUAAAACAGCGUCACCCUGCCUGCCUGAAGCAGAGCAGCCUCCCAAAACCGCCUCCCCUUCGGCCUCCUCCACCUCCAAACCCCUGGACCCCGUCCUGAAGAACCAGAUCACCAAGAGGAAGAGGAUGGUGCUGGUGAAGGAGAAGAAGGCGGCGCAGACUCUCAGCGCCAUCCUCCUGGCCUUCAUCCUCACAUGGACGCCGUACAACAUCAUGGUGCUCAUCUCCACCUUCUGUGCCGAGUGCAUCCCCACGUCGCUGUGGCACCUGGGCUACUGGCUGUGCUACGUCAACAGCACCAUCAACCCCAUGUGCUACGCCCUCUGCAACAAGACUUUCCAGAAGACCUUCCGCAUGCUCCUGCUCUGCCAGUGGAGGAGGAGGAGGAGAGGCGAGGACAAGCUGUACUGGUGCGGACAGAACGCAAACGCCAACAAUAAAGUGACUUGAUGUGGCACAUGUUAAUAUUAGAGCAGACAUGUGGAUGUUCUCGAUGUAUUCUGUAGUCAGUGGUCAUCUUCAGCAUGAAGUGCUGCAUGUGGUUUUUGUGUUAAAAGUAUACUUGUUGGUGGAAAAUCAGCUGAGCCUGAUGCAGAACUUAAACUGCUACUCCAUAUUAGUACAGAAGGUUGCUAUAUAGUCUUGGGGAAUACAACUAAUUUCACCAAAGUCAUUAAUUUCCAAUGUUCAUUUUCUUGAACCGACAUGUCGUUAAAAAAAACUCUUUCUAGAUUUUUUUGUUGAAUUAUCUUACACUUUCACAAUUUUUUUUGUAAAAACAUUGCAAGGAAUUCAACAUAACAUUUCUAUAGAGGAAUAUGAAAUGAAUCCCUAUUGUAGUCACACUUUUAAGCUUGAAGGAAUCACUUCCACACCAAUGUAGACAGGAGGAAUGAUAACAGGACCUUGUAAAAACAUACUUUUAACGUAUACUGCAUGAGCAUUAGAGGAAAAACUCUGAACUGGUCCUUUAAACCUCAUGUUA